GAUAAUCUGAGUGAAAUAAUUGUUUACCAAAAAAGUUAUUGUGUAAUUAAAGAUGGCGCCGACAACUAUAGCUGAGGACAGGCUGCAGUCGGGACACCGGCUGUCGCAUCCUCCGCCCGGAGACGAGGUCCUCAUCACAGGCGUGUCGGGAUACUUCCCCGACUCGGACUCCGUCAUACACCUGCAGGAAAACCUUUUUAAUAAGGUAGACUUAGUAAGUAAUAAUGCUGGUCGUUGGAAGCUGGUUCACCCUGAGAUCCCGCAUCGUACGGGCAAGAUCAACAACCUCAAUAAGUUUGACGCAUCCUUCUUCGGUGUCCACUACGAACAGGCACACACGAUGGAUCCCAUGUGCAGGAUGAUGUUGGAGAAGGUUUAUGAAGCUGUAUAUGACGCUGGUAUAAACCCCAAAGAACUCCGUGGCAGAAAAGUCGGCGUGUUUAUGGGAACGAGCUUCUCAGAAUCAGAGAAAAUGUGGUUCUACGAGAAGAUGCAGAUUAAUAAUUAUGGCAUUAGCGGAUGUUCUCGUGCCAUGUUGGCCAACCGUAUCUCCUACUGGUUGGGAGUGACCGGUCCCUCGUACACCGUAGACACUGCCUGCUCCAGUUCCCUUUACGCUCUGGUGCAUGCCUAUAAAGCCAUCCGCGAUGGUCACUGUGAUGCUGCCAUUGUCGGGGGAACCAACUUGUGCCUCCAUCCUUAUGUGUCAUUACAGUUUGUGAGAUUGGGAUUGUUAUCUCCUGAGGGUGCUUGCAAAAGUUUCGACAACAGUGCCAAUGGCUAUGUUCGUUCUGAAGCGAUUGUUGCUAUCUUCUUACAGAAGGCUAAGGAUUCCAGAAGGGUCUACGCUCAAGUAGUCUACGGAAAGACCAACUGUGAUGGUUACAAAGAGCACGGCAUCUCGUACCCUGCUAGUGCUACUCAAAAAGUACUACUAAAGGAGUUCUACGAAGAAUGUGCCAUACCUCCAUCCAUUGUAGAAUUCUUGGAAGCUCAUGGCACAGGUACUAAAGUCGGUGAUCCUCAGGAGUUGGAAGCCAUUGAUGAGAUCUUUUGCACCGAUCGCAAGGGCCCACUAUUGAUCGGUUCUAUUAAGUCCAAUUUAGGACACACCGAGCCUGCUUCUGGACUCUGUUCUAUUGCUAAGAUGUGUAUAGCUUACAACACUGGCUACAUUCCUCCGAAUAUUCAUUUCAAAACACCUCGUGAAGGAGUAGCAGCCCUGGCUGAGAACAGGAUGUCAGUGGUCACUGACAAAACUCCUUGGGGCAGAGGCAUGUCAGGAGUCAACAGCUUCGGAUUCGGAGGAGCCAACGCUCACGCUCUGUUGAAGGAUGUCGCUAGAGCGAAGGUUAACAACGGUAUACCAUCAGACAGCUUACCUCGUCUCGCCUGUGUAUCAGGUCGUACGGUUUCCGCGGUAGCCAGGAUUCUCGAUGAUUUGGAGUCCAGGACAGCAGAUGUUGAUCAGAUCCGUCUGCUGCAUGCUAUUCAUGAUGAUGAUAUUGCAGGGCAUGAUUUUAGAGGAUACAUUCUGCUAGGUUCAACCCCAACCAAGAGCGUGCAGCUAGCACGUGAGAUCCAGUACUUCUCAGGAGUGCGUCGCCCAGUGUGGUUCGUGUACUCGGGUAUGGGCUCCCAGUGGGCCGGUAUGGCCAAGGAGCUCAUGAGGAUCCCCGUCUUUGCUGCUGCUAUUGAGAAGUGCCACAAAGCUCUAGAACCUAAAGGCAUCAACCUGACGAAGAUCGUCACUGAGAACGACCCCAAGAUCUACGACAACAUCCUCAACUCCUUCAUCGGUAUCGCCGCUGUACAGAUCGGUCUCACUGAUGUACUGAAGACUAUUGGCAUUGAACCUGACUACAUUAUUGGUUACAGUGUUGGUGAUUUUGGUUGUGCAUACGCUGAUGGUUGUUUAACUACAGAGGAAGUGAUAUUAUCCGCUUACAACAGAGGUCUAGCAUUAGUGAAUAAACCUUACUUCAAGGAUUCAAUGGCUGAUAUCAGUAUUGGAUACCAUCAGGAUGUGGUUAAAAAUUUCAAACGAUCACGUUCAGAGAAGUGGGUUUCCAUGCCAUUACUGAAAGAAUGUAGAAAUCUGAAGCCAUCCGCCAAUAGUUACACGAAUGGUGUUGAGACUCCAGAAUUAUUCGAGGAAACAGCCCGUCUGAUCCACGCUAACGCGAUCACCAUCGAGAGCCCCCACGGCCUGCUGCAAGCUAUCCUGCGCAGGUCUCUGAAGAAGGACGUCGUCAACGUCGCUCUGACACAGAAGGCCCACCCGGACAAUGUCCAGGUUCUGUUCACUGCCUUCGGAAGGCUGUAUGAGGCCGGUCUGAACCCACAUCUAGCCAACAUCUACCCACAUGUGCCAUUUCCCGUGUCACAGGGUACGCCUAUGCUUUCUCAUCUCGUUGAGUGGGAACAUCGUGAGAAUUGGUUUGUAGCAUCUUUUAAAGACCUGGACAAGAUAAAAAUUGGUGAGAGGACGGUUCCGAUGUCUAUGAAUGAUGAAUUCAAGUACAUGACUGGUUACGUCAUAAAUGGUUGUAACUUAUACCCUGUCACCGGUUACCUGUUCUUGGUAUGGGAGACCCUCGGAAUGAUGAUGGGAGAACCUUACACUGAAGUAUCAGUAGUCUUUGAAAACGUGCGCUUCCAAAGAGCCACCAGUAUUCCUAAAGAAGGAAAACUGGAGUUUACCAUCACAAUUCACAAAAAGACUGGCAACUUUGAGAUCUUAGAGAGCAGCGCUUCCAUCGUGACUGGUCGUAUCUACGCCAAGAAGAAUGUCGGCCAAGACUUCAGAGCACUCCCACACUUGCCAGAAGCCAGUGGCCCUGGCAUCAAGCACUUGCUGACCAAGGACUUCUACAAAGAACUGCGUCUCAGAGGAUACCAGUACAGCGGUCUGUUCCGUGGCGUCAUCGGUUGCAACGUCGAAGGUACUCGCGGUCGUCUCUCCUGGGUCAAUAACUGGGUCACCUUCAUGGACUGCAUGCUGCAGAUGAAGAUCAUCGGCCAAGACACCAGGGGUCUCUUCGUACCCACCAGGAUUGAGAAGCUCUCUAUCGAUGCUCCCAUGCAUUGUAAUGCGAUAUCAAAGAUGAAUCGUGCCUCGCAUAACAAGUCAUUUGAGGUUCGCGUAUACCCAGAUCUUAACGUUAUUAGGGCUGGCGGUAUCGAAAUAAGAGGUCUUCAUACUACAUCCAUUGUUAAAAGACAACCUCCAGAAGUACCUGUAUAUGAGAAACACUCAUUUAUCCCUAACUUCGGAAGAUACAAGAUGAAGAUCGAAGAUGUGCUGCGUACAAACGUCCAGUUGGUUUUCGAGAAUAUUCAAACACACAUAGUCAAGAGCAUUGAGUUAGUCGAUGAAGAAUACAAGAAGAAUGAUCUAAAACCUAUCCUAGAAACCAUUGGAAGUAUUCUUGCAGAUCUGCCUUUCGCUCAAGGCGAUCUUCUGAUGAUUUCUGAAGAACCGAUUAAUGUGCCUUCAAAUAUAACAGUCGAUAAUAGAAAAUUGCUCAGAGAAAGUAACACCAUAUUGUUCAUUGGUGCUAAUCUCCUUGGUAGACCCAAGAUAUUUCAACAAGCAAUCGGGACACUAUGCGAUAAUGCCUUCAUUAUGAGUCGUGAAAAGGAAAACCCCAGUAUUAAAAAAUACUCAGAUAUUGACAUCGUGACGUGUUACGAUACUGGCUCCGAAUACUUGGUGUUGUUACGAAAACGCGUGGAGGCCAAACCAGCCAAAUUCGUCAGGGUUUCGGCGGCUGAUGAUACUUUCUCUUGGGUAGACGAAAUCAAGAAAGAACUUAAAGAAAACCAAAAACUAGUCCUUUAUGCACAAGAUGGACCUAUCAACGGUCUUCUAGGAUUAGUGAACUGUUUGAGGAAGGAGCCUGGUGGUGAGAUCGUGUAUGGUCUCCUUAUUUCUGACCCAUCUGCUCCACCAUUCAACCCUGACUUGGAAUUCUAUGAAGAACAGCUCAAUAAGGAUUUGAUCUUCAACGUAUAUAAGGACGGUCAAUGGGGGACUUACCGACAUCUUUCUUUGGACUUGGACACAGUUCGUGCCGACCAUGCCUAUGUCAAUGCUCUUACCAUCGGAGAUUUCUCCUCACUAAAAUGGAUAGAAGGAACGAUUAAGGAAAACCAUGUUUUAAUGGAUAAAGAAAAAGUGCUAGUCCACGUAUACUGUGCUGCAUUGAACUUCCGUGACAUUAUGACUGCUAGCGGUCGUGUCACAGUAGACGCUGUGGCUAGCGAUCGUCUUGCAGAGGAGUGCGUGAUAGGGACAGAAUUUGUAGGAAAGACCAUCAACGGCACUCGUGUCAUGGGUAUGGUCCGUAACCGUGGUAUAGCGAACUUGGUUGAGGGAGACAGGCAGAGCCUGUGCCCCAUCCCUGACGAGUGGAGCUUCGAAGAAGCGGCUACUGUACCUAUCGCUUAUGGAACUGUGUAUUACGCUAUGAUCAUGGUUGGUGAGAUGCAACGUGGAGAGUCCAUCCUCAUCCACGCUGGUUCCGGAGGAGUAGGUCAGGCCGCCAUCAACGUGGCGCUCUACUACGGCUGCGAGGUCUUCACCACCGUCGGUACCGCGGAGAAGAGAGCCUUCAUCAAGAAGCUGUUCCCACAACUUAAAGACAGCCACAUCGGCAACUCCCGUGACACUUCCUUCGAGGACAUGAUCAGGCGCGAGACCAACGGCAAGGGAGUCGACAUGGUGCUCAACUCCUUGUCUGAUGAUAAACUACAGGCGUCCGUCCGUUGCUUGGCGUUCAGAGGUCGCUUCCUCGAGAUCGGCAAGUUCGAUAUGAGUAACGACACCGACAUUGCCAUGUACUUCUCAUCAAAGGAACUCACUUUCCGAGGGAUCACGCUGAGCCACAUCUUCAAUCAGGAUGUUAUGAUUAGAAAGCGCCUGCAAGACCUGCUCCUGAGUGGUAUCCAGAACGGCGCCGUCAGACCUCUGACUUACUGCACGUUUGAGGCUAAUGAAGUUGAAAAUGCCUUCCGUUACAUGGCUGCCGGUAAACACAUCGGAAAGGUGAUCAUCAAAAUCCGUGAAGAAGAGCACAGCAAUCAUCCCAUUAGACCGGUCUCGAUGCCCAUUGAUGCUAUACCUAGGUACAUCUGCCACGAAGACCAGGUGUACAUAGUAGUCGGUGGUCUCGGAGGCUUCGGACUGGAGCUGGCUGACUGGCUCAUCAUGCGAGGCGGCAGGAAGAUCCUGCUCACUUCCCGCAGAGGCAUCACCAACGGAUACCAGUCUUCACGACUGAGGGCUUGGGCAUCAUACGGUGCUGACGUUCAAUUUUCAACACAUGAUGUCUCCACUGAGUCUGGAUGCGAGGAAAUGCUUAAGAUGGCGCUCAGUAUGGGACCAGUCUGUGCUAUCUUCAACUUGGCUGUCAUCCUGAGGGAUUCCAUCUUCGAGAAUCAAACUCCUGAAGCCUUCAAAAUAUCGUUUGCAUCAAAGGCACUUACUACCAUGAAUUUGGAUAAACUGUCGAGGAAACUGUGUCCAGGCUUAAAGAAUUUCGUGGUCUUUUCAUCCAUGUCCUGUGGUCGUGGUAAUGCUGGACAGACCAACUACGGCUACUCUAACUCUGUGAUGGAGAGGAUCUGUGAAGAGAGGAAGAAGCUUGGUCUCCCAGCUCUGGCUGUGCAGUGGGGAGCUAUUGCAGAUGUGGGUUUAGUGGCUGAAACGCAGGAGGAAGACGUCCAACUUGAGAUCGGAGGAACCCUGCAGCAGAGGAUAUCUUCUUGCUUGACUUCUCUCGACAAGCUGAUGAAAGAGGAUGCUCCUGUCGUGUCUUGUAUUGUAGUGGCUGAGAAGAAGGCUGGAAGCAUAGAAUGUGCUAAUGCAAUUGAUGCUGUUGCACAGAUUAUGGGUAUCAAGAAAUUGAAGUCGAUAUCGCAACAAAGCACUCUAGCCGAAAUGGGUAUGGACAGUAUGGUUGCUGUGGAGAUCAAAAAAACUUUGCAAAGAGAAUUUGACAUAUUCCUCACUGUCUGUGAUAUUAGAAAUUUGACUUUCAGUAGGCUGGCUAAGCUAACAGCACAACGCAGCAGCGAAUCUUCAUCAUCAUCUACAUCAGCAUCAAACCACGUGGAAGGAACCGUCGGUCUUCGUAUGCUGAUGAGGAACUUUGGAAAUGAGGAAACAGCUUCAGAACCGUUUGUGUUCAUGCCUUCCAUGGUCAGAAAUGGAAUCGAAGAUGAGGAAGCUAAUCUGCAUGUACUGGAGCCUAUAAUGUUCAUGGUAUCGGGGUUGGAGGGCUUUGCAUCAUCACUGGAGCCGCUCUGCAGGAAACUAAAGAUCAGAGUCUGCGUGCUUCAGCUAGGCGUGGAGCAUACGAACGAAAAUAUAGAUCAGAUGGUACAUAGAUUAUACCAGACGGUGAUUUCAAAGCUAGCGCCUGGUGCUCCAUUCUGGCUUCUUGGAUACAGUUACGGCACACUCCUUACGUUGGGGCUGGCUUCUAGGUUGGAGAAAGCAGGUUUCAAGGGAACAGUAUUCUGUCUGGACGGUGCCCCCGACUUCCUCUACGCUCUCCUGACAAUGACCAUCAGCUUCAAGAACGACUUCCAGCUGCAGAACAACCUGCUGUGUCACACCGUCGACAUCGUCGCCCCCAACAAUGACGUCACCAAGGGUCUCUUGGAGAAACUGAACGAGAUCGAGUCCUACGACGAGAGAGUCGCUCUAACCAUCAAGACGUCGCCAGUCCAGAGCAAGUACUCCGACAAGUUCAUCGGCAACAUGGCCAGAGCUUCCUUCGACAGGCUGAAGACCAUCCUGGACUUCGACCCGAAGGCCUUCAGGAAGCUGCAGUCCCCCGUCAUCCUCCUUCGUCCCAAGGAGAACCCGUCCUUCGUAGCGGUAGAAGAGAACUACGGACUCGACAAGUACACGGAGAACAGUGUCACCGUGCACUUCCUGGAGGGGAACCACGUGUCCAUCAUUGAGAACAAGGACUGUGCCAACAUCAUCAACAGAGUCUUGGUCGAGAACGAGAGGCAGGAUGGCAAAACCGCUGACAAUGUGGUCACUAGCAUCGUUGAAAACGCGAGAGAAGUCGCAGUCUAAACAUAAGGUGGAGAAUGGACCUUCAAUAAAAAAAUCGUAGUUGUACAAUUAAUUAUUUCACAUUAUAAUUUAACAUAACUCACUGCCGUACUCAGUCCUUAGCAAUUAUUUUUGAUACAAAAUCAUUACUAAGGGAUAGUUUAAGUAAUCUUUUAAUAUCUCUGAGUGCGGCAGUUAUCCAUUAAUUACUUAGUAAGUUAGUGAUAACCCGAUGUAUUUUAUGGGUAGGAUAGAUAGAAAUAUGCAUAUGUAGGAUUAAACAAUAAGGUUUAGUAUUCGAAUUAGUUAUUAAAUGUUGUUUAUCGUU